AUGCCAGCUGCGGACGUGAAUUCGCUGUAUGUCCAAGUCCGUCGUCGUCUCAUUGAAAGUGGAGAAUGGGAUCAUAUACGGUCUGUGAUGAGCGCGAAAUUGAACGAGAGUGGCUGGACUGAUGAGGUUCAUCAUAAGGCCAAAGAGACAGGGAGAAACAUGGAGCCACUCUCUUUCCACGCGCUGCUAACGGACACUUUAGCUCGUGCGACAAUUCCCAUUUUCCUGUUCCCCACCAUGCUGCGGCUAUCCCUGGUCCGUGCGACGCGUCCAAUUGUUCCCAAAGUCAUAAGAUGGAGUAGAUGGAAGAGUGGUGGGCCAAUACCUUCGAAGCCGGAAAGCUCAACAUCAAGUCAGCAGGCGGAAGAGUUGUUCCAUGGCAAUACCCUUCGUCGUCUGACCGAAAUGGCAAACCUGCAGAGAACAGAAGGAGAGGUCCUGGAGCAGGUAGCCGACCUGACGGAAGUGGAGGCAUCUGACGUGGUCCCAAAAGUGGCACAGAACGAGGCAGAACUUUUUGGUUCAGAAAGCCUACCCAACUUCGAAUCACUGGGGCUCAGAUACGACCCGACGACUCUCCCUCUACGCCAGCAGCUCGACCCCUUCAAUAGGCCAUACACAGAAGAGGAGUACGCCAUGACACUCGUGCAUGGGCGGAGCGUCAACGCGCCUUACUUCCACCAACGAACACAUGACAUUCCCGUCGCGAACAUCCACUUCCGGUCACACCACAUCGAGCUGCUCAACCUCUUCACUCACUUCGCCACGCACGCGGCCUCCUCGCUUGGCAUCCCUUGCUCGCGUGUCGUCGCUCUGCCCACGAAGCGAACGCUGUGGACCGUCCUCCGCAGUCCCUUCGCGCAUAAGAAGAGUCAAGAGAACUUCGAGCGAAGGGUGCACAAACGCGCAAUCAAGGCUUGGGAUGCGGACCCGGAGGUCAUUGAGCGCUGGGUGCGGUAUUUGCGGGCACAUGCGCUGGCUGGUGUCGGCAUGCGUGUGACGACGUGGGACCGGGUGCCGCUGGGUAUCGGGUCGGCCGUGGUCCGAAGCUACGAGCGACACAACCCGGCAGUUGACGCCCCAAAAAGGAUCAAGCAGCUCGGGAAGAAGAUUGUUGAGGAGGAACAGAAGGCUGCGGCGAAGGCGUAA